GGGAGCACCUGGUUUGAACAAGCAUUCUUCCGCUAGUCCACAGCCCUCGAAGUGUUGGUAACAGGAACACUAAAACAGCGAUUUUUGUGUAAAAUAGAGUAGUUACAUCGUUUUUGUUGUUUUGAUUUGGAACUAUAAGUAUAUAUAUUUCUUGGAUAAUAUGCUUCUUUUUUGUCCAACCUGUGGAAAUGUUUUAAUUGUGGAAGAAGGACAGAGGUGCAUGAGAUUCGCUUGUAACACUUGUCCCUACGUACACAACAUCACAAGAAAGGUAAAUAACAGGAAGUAUCCCAAAUUAAAAGAGGUGGAUGAUGUUCUUGGUGGGGCUGCAGCUUGGGAAAACGUGGAUUCAACUGCUGAAACUUGUCCUAAGUGUGAGCAUCCACGGGCAUAUUUCAUGCAGAUUCAGACCAGAUCAGCAGAUGAACCGAUGACUACUUUCUACAAAUGCUGCAAUACCCAGUGUGGACAUCGAUGGAGAGACUGACACCUUUGGACUUUAUGUAUUCAGUGCUUACGUUACAUAGAUUACUCCCCACAUCCCUUGACUUAAACUUUUGAGCCUUUAUUUAUUGCCAACAGGCUCUGGUAGUUUUUUCUUUGUGUAGGCACAGCUGAAGAAACUUUACCUUUAGUCUUUGCUUACAUUUACAUGUAUUGUUCGCUUUAUAGGCAUAAUUAAUUUUCCAGCUAAUAUUAAAAUGAGUUGCAGUGAGAAAACAUGUUCAGAUUUUUAUUAAUAAAAUAGUACCUGUAUACAAUAAAUUUGGACUUGCAUAACUAUACAUAUCACAGACAUUUAGAGAGCAGUGCAGACCACCAUUAUAUACAACAAAGGCAUACAGUACCUUGUAUUAACAGUUUAGUGCAUAAUAGCCUCAGGGAAACAAAAAAAUCAAAUGCACAUGGAGUCAAGGAACUAAGCAGAGAGAAUUCUUCUUUUUGAGUGGCUCAUGCAGACACACAUAGCAUUUGGUGAGUGAAGGUGAGUGGUAGAUCAGGCAUGCUGUGGUGAAACAGUUGUCACUUCAUUGUUAGUAUUAAUCUCAGUGGAAUGAUACUGUCAUUUACUUGAGUAUUAUUCCUAGCAGAGAGGUUACUUUUUUGUAAUUGCAAUAUUAGACAUCUGUAUGGCUAUCUAACAUGCAUCUAAAACAGUGUUAUGUCAUGAUAAUACCACCACUGUUAUUUCUGUUUUAAUGCUAUUUACAUGUUUACUGCAGCACCAACAUUCAGCCAGUAGUGUGAGUGAAAAGUGUAGAUGUUGCACAGGGCUCUGACUCAACAUAGGGCCAGAGAGGACACCAAAUUACUGAGAUGCCAUGCAGUAACAGUAAAGCCCUCUUUCUGCUCUACUUUAAUUCUACUAUAGUCUGAAUAAGUGUGUGUAUGGUGGGAUUCACCGAGUAAAGGCACAAAUUAUAACAGCUUUUUCCCCACUUCAGAUUAGCUGAGGUUACUGGUGUGAGUGAACCUAUCAGAGAGGAGAAUGAAUUUCAAUUCGAAGUGCUUUAUUCUCAAAAUUAAGUACACCAUGGAAAGAGGGCACUGAUGCCUAACAGGCUAAACUGAAAGCACUGAACAUGUUGUGACAGCUGACUGAAGCCCAAAAGAUUAAGAACUACAGCAAGUUAACAUCAACCUGGGGUAUUUCCCAAACAAGCAAGCAUCUCUUUUGUUGAGGUGAAAAUUGUUAAUUUGUUCACAUUCAAGAAGGGACAAUGAUAAAAGGAACAAUUAGGCUCUGUUAGUGUUAGAACAAAAGUAUCACACAUGGACAAAUGUUCACAGUUCUCAAUAUUAACUUGUUAAAACAGUGGAUAAAUUAUUUGAAAGAGAAAAAAAAAAACUAACCCAGCACAUCUGACUUUAGCAUUUGCUUCUGAACAGUAUUAACUGAUGAAUUCAAAUAGUGACCAUUUUCAGAGUUCUGCGACCACCUAUCAACAGCCCCCCUACAUCUUCUAGCUCAGUGAGAGAUUUGUACAUUUCUAUACAGGAAGGAACAAUACUGAAAAAUAUAUACAGUAAUUGUGUUAACUAAUAAGAAAACCACACUUGGAAUUUAAAAGGGCCACACAACACAGCAAAAAUGAGAAAAGCCUGUCACUACCAGCAGGAGGGGUUGUGAGCUAAAGAAUUUUUUUUUAUCUGCUGUAUUUCCCCUAAAAGCGAGUAUAAGGACUUUAUAGUUAGUACAAAUUUUACUAUUGUUACCUUCCAUUGUAGAGAUUGAUGGAAAUUAAGUUGUGUUUAACGGCAUCACCAGGAAAAUCAGUUGGCCUGUUCACAUGAACGUAGUGAUCAAAUCAUAUGUUAACUAUGGCUUGGUAGACCUAUAAGCCAUUCACAA